AACUGGCCGGGGGGGGGGGCGCUGGAUUGUGUCACUUGAUAAACUAGCGUCACCCAAAGGAUCAUCGGGCUGGGACAGGAAACCCCGCCCGGUCUGGGGGUUAUGGGGAGCAAAGAGCUGCCCACCCGCACCCCCACCCGCACCACAGGACUCGGCUUCCUGCUGCGACCGACACGGGGCCCUGGGCAGCUGCCUCUGCGCCCAGCGGCCUGGCUGGGGGACGGGACUGGACUGGCUCCUCCCCAAUGGCCCUGGGUGUCAGCCCCCAACCUCCGACAUGGGAGCAAUUGGGACCAGGUUUUGGAGAGAGCCCCUCGCGCUGGGUGCCAGGGAGGUGUUGGGUGCCGGGCAGGGGCUGGGUGCUCGGCCCUUGGAAAUCUCACCCCAAGUGAGGGGCGAAUGUUGGGUGCUCUGGGGUCCUCUCGGUGCCAUGACACUUCGCUCCAGCUGGGGACAGUUUUCGGCAACGAAGGGGGGGCGGGUGAGGGCCGUGACCCAUGAGCCCGGCACCGCUGCUGUGCUAGGCCCGAGAGGUGGAGCAGGCAGGGUCUCCAGCCAGCGCUUCCAGCGGGGCCUUUGACUCCCUGUGUGGCCUCCCAAGCUGGGCCCCGAAAUCACCAGGCCCUGUGAAACCCUUGGCCUGAAAGCUCCGCAUUAAAGCUCCUGCCGGCUCUGCUGCCCAUGGGCUGGCUGGGAACCGAUCCCCUUGGCGGCUCCUUGGCGUGGCUCUGAAAGCCCCAGCUCCUGCGGGGCCAGGUGCUCCGGACAUCGCCCCCAGGGCCUGCGACACCCAGUGGGGCUGGCAGGUCUCUCAUGUGUCCCUGGCUGCCCGAAGGCCCCAGAUACAGAGGCAACUUCCUCACUGGUCACCAUGGGCAGGGAUCUGGCCUAUGUGCUGCCAUGUUUGCAAAGUCCCAGCGCCAUGGGGGACAGGCACUGGCUCUGUCUGUUCAGCACCCAGCCCGACAGGGCCCUGCAACCUCCCCGGGGCCAGGCCCGGCUCCAUGGCUCGGUCCGGGCAGCCCCCCGGGGCCGGGCCCGGCUCCAUGGCUCGGUCCGGGCAGCCCCCCGGGGCCGGGCCCGGCUCCAUGGCUCGGUCUGGGCAGCCCCCCGGGACCAGGCCCGGCUCGGCGGCUCUUGUUAACGCCAGUUCUCGUUGCCAGGCUGGACUGGAAAAACUUUUUAAAAUAAGUUUGAGGCAAGUUUUCCAGUGUGCCCCUCCCCCCCUCCGCGCCCCUCCCCGCCAGCUGCAGUGCUGUGGCAAUAGGAAGUUUUUCCUGGCAGAUGGGACCCAGCCAUGUUGUUUCACUUCCUUAAAGCUGAGAGCCCCAAGUGGGUGGAGGUGCAGCCCGGCUCCUUGGACCCAGGGCUCCCCGAGCCCAGCACAGAGCAGGUCCCGAGCGCUGCGCUGGCCGUGCUGGGCCUGGGGCUGCUGUGGGUCGCUGGCGUCACUUGAUCUGUAUGAAGCUGUGGAGCCCCUGCUGCCCACCCUGCAGGAGCUGGGCAUCGUGGUGUGGGUGCUGGGCCCGGGCCCCUGCCCGCCGGGGGUCACCAGCCUGCAGGAGCUGAUGGAGGAGGCGUCCGACGAGCCGGUGCCCUCAGACUUAUCCACGCCCAAGGACAUGAUGGACACCUGCCUGUACAUCUUCACCUCGGGCACCACAGGGCUGCCCAAGGCUGCCCGCAUCAGCCACCUCAAGUGCAUCAUGUGCCUGGGCUUCUACCGCCUGGUGGGGGCCUCCAGCAAGGACGUGAUCUACGUGGCGCUGCCCCUGUACCACAUGUCAGGCUCCCUGCUGGGCAUCGUCGGCUGCAUCGGGAUCGGUGCCACCUGCGUGCUGAAGAGGAAGUUCUCAGCCAGCCAGUUCUGGGGCGACUGCCAGCACUACGGGGUGACCGUGUUCCAGUACAUCGGGGAGCUGUGCCGCUACCUCGUCAACCAGCCCAAGGGAGAAGGGCAGCGGGAGCACGGCCUGCGCCUGGCUGUGGGCAGUGGGCUGCGGCCCGACGUCUGGCGCGAAUUCCUGCGGCGCUUCGGCAACGUCCGCAUCGUGGAGACCUACGGCAUGACCGAGGGCAACGUCACCUUCUUCAACUACACCAGCACCCUGGGGGCGGUCGGCCGCGGCAGCUUCCUCUACAGGCUCUUCUGCCCCUUCGAGCUGGUGCGCUACGACCUGCUGCAGGGGGCACCGGUGCGGGACGCGGCCGGGUGGUGCCAGCGGGUCGGCCCAGGCGAGACGGGGCUGCUGAUCGCGCCGGUGACCCCCCAGAACCCCUUCCUGGGCUACGCGGGGGGCAGGGAGCUCUCGGAGCACAAGCUGCUGCGCGGGGUCUUCGCCGAGGGAGACGCCUACUUCAACACGGGCGACCUCAUGGCCCAGGACGCCGCCGGCUUUGUGUAUUUCCGGGACCGUACCGGGGACACCUACAGGUGGAAAGGUGAGAACGUUGCGACGACGGAGGUGGCCGAGGCCCUGGCCGCGCUGGACUCGCUGCAGGAAGUCAAUGUCUACGGGGUCGCCGUGCCAGGGUACGAGGGCCGUGCCGGGAUGGCCGCCAUUGUCCUGAGGCCGGGCUGCGAGCUGGAUGGGGCCCAGCUGUACAGCCACGUGGUGGAGUUCCUGCCCCCCUACGCCCGGCCCCGCUUCCUGAGAGUGCAGGACCACCUGGAGAUGACACAGACCUUCAAGCAGCACAAGGUGCGUCUGGCCAGCGAGGGCUGCGACCCCACGCGCCUCCCGGACCCGCUGUACCUGCUGGACGACGCCUCGGAGGCCUACGUGCCCCUGACCCCGCGGCUCUGGGAGGGCGUCGUCUCGGGGGCUGUCCGGAUAUAACACCCCCCUCCACCCCCCUCGGGCCCCUCUGGCUGGGGGUCACCUGGGGAGACUACGUGUCCCAGCAUGCACAGCUCAGCACCAUUGCAUGCUGGGAGCUGUAGUCUCUGGGUGCUCAGGCAGCUGGGCUGAUGGGACAGGCCUCUGGGGUGCUGCCUGCCCUGGGGAGGGAGCUGGGGGCGGAACAGGGCUCAGUGGCUGCAGGAUUUUCCCCACGUUGCAGCCCCUGGUCCUUCCAGCUCCCUCCCCAGUGCGCCCCAUGUGUCACCCCCCCACACUUCCUGGCCCCCCCUCCCCCGCGCACACCCCACUCCUGUGCCCCAGGGGGCUGGAAGCCGGGAGCUCGGCCGUCUCGUCCUGGCUCACCCAUGCCUGUCUCCAGCAGGGCGGCGCCAUGGGAUGUGCUGGGCCGUGUCCUGCAUCCCCCCUCCCUGCCCUGGGCCUUGGGGCCGAGGGAGCUGCCUGCGCGCCGCAGGGUCACGCAGCGGGCGGGGAGUCCAGGGAGCUGGAUUCGAAUCCUGGCUCCACCAUGACUUGGGGUGGCCUCGGGCUGGUCCCUGAGCUCCCAGCCGGGCCUCGGGGAGAACGGCCCUGCCUCCCCGGCCUGGGUCUGGCUGGGCUGUUCCGAGUGCGAGAUGUGCAGGCAGGGCCCGAGCCUGUCCGAGGAGGCAGCGGGUGACCUUUGCCCCCGGGGGUGGGGAGGGAGGGAGGGGCC